CCCUUGCACCACCAUUCCUUUUAAAUUAUUCUUUUUCUCUAACCUCUCUUCGUUGAAUUUCUCUAUCUUUAGUAAAAACUGUUAUCUCUUCACACAACAUCAUGGAAGUUAGCUGAGACUCUUGUAUAGCUAGCUAGCUUUCGAAAAUGUCCAAAGUGGACAGAAUCAUGUUAAGGUUUCGUCCCAUCGCCCCUAAGCCAUGCACCGUCUCCGACGUCGAUGCUUUUUCAAAACCCGACGGAUCUAGAAAAAACCGUGCAAAAGAUAACACCGUCAACAAACGGUGUAACCGUCGGAGGAAAACUGUGCCUUCACCGACGGUGGUGACUCUCCCGCUUCUUCCCGAGACUCCAGAUCCUAAAGUUCCUCUACUUCCUUCCUCAGCCAAAAACACAAACAAACCGGUGUGUAUGAGCUUCGAGAAUCACGGCCACACUACCACGUCGGAGAAGGUGGAUCUUACAGCGGUAGGGUUAGGAGGAUCAGUAGUAACAGUUGAGUGUGUAACCGACACGUGGCAGCAUGGUGAUGAAGGGUGGGAGUGGUUGAUGAAGAGUAGAGACGACGAGGAGAGGAAAGUGAAACUAGAGAAGGACGCGUGUCCUGGAUUUAUAUCGGACGGUUAUGGGAGAGUGACGUGGAGGAAUAGUGCAUACAGGGAAAUGGUGGGAGAAGGGCAAGUUUGGUUGGUUAGGGUACCGGACAGUGAAAGUGGAUUCACGUGCAGGGUGAGAGUACAGUACGCGUAUGGGAAAGAGAGAAGAGUUCCGUGUGAUGCGUGGAGAUUGGACUGUGGUGGUUUUGCAUGGAGAUUAGAUGUUACUGCUGCUCUUGCCUUGAGUUGUUUCCCUUUCUAAAUUCAUGGUAAAAAAAAUCAUGUCUAUGAUCUAUACUUAAUCAAAACAAGGCUCCUAGUUACUACUGUUGAUAACUGUCAAUAUUAUCUCUGAGAUGAGACUGACAACUAGCUUGCUUAAUUUGAUCAUUAACUAUGUAUUAAUUGAGUAGGAAAUUAGGCUAGCUACUUUAGAUGCAUCAAUUUGUAUAUUAUCGUGGGUGUAAUAAUGUAAUUGAUAAUCCUUAUUUUAAAUCCUUUCUUCUUCUGAUA